CUCAUUUACUCCACUUAAAAUUAUUUGAUUUAUAUAAUAAAAAUUUCUAUUAUGAAAAAUUAUAUAAGAUUUAGUAGCUUAUUUAAAAGAGGUUUAAUUUUUCAGAAUCGUGGAUUUGCCACUAAAUCAACAGCCUAUGAUCCUAAGAUUGUAAAUGAAGCUAUAAAUCCUAGGCCAGGAAGACUAUUUAAAUCAACACCGCUUUUAUUCCUCUUGGCUGUAUCAAUGCUUACAGUACCAGUGGUAGUAACUUAUUACGAUAAUAAAGAUUUUGAAAAGGAAAUGGAACGAAGAAAGCAACCGGGCGUUACUUACUAAUCUUAUAACACUAUUUA